AUCAUGCACGGGGGUCUCUUCAGCGAGGACGGUGUCACCCUCGAUGACAUCCGCAAGAUCGAGAGGAACCGGCAACCCCCGGACUCAGGUCCCAUGUGUGACCUCCUCUGGUCGGACCCUCAACCCCAGAACGGGCGCUCGGUCAGCAAACGCGGCGUCAGCUGCCAGUUCGGUCCCGACGUCACCAAAAAUUUCCUGGAACGGAACCGACUCGAUUACAUCAUCCGGAGCCACGAGGUCAAAGCCGAGGGCUACGAGGUGGCACACGAUGGCAAGUGUGUCACCGUCUUCUCCGCCCCCAACUACUGCGACCAGAUGGGCAACAAGGGCUCCUACAUCCACCUGCGAGGCAGCGACCUGCGCCCCGACUUCCACCAGUUCACAGCAGUG